AUGUCCUUCCUAUAUCUCAACCAAUAUAACUACAUCAGAAAUGAGCGAGGUGUUCUUCUCGAUUUGGUCUUCUCUUCUGAAGCCUUACGCGUCCUAAAUGCCUCUGACCCGCUCCUUGCAGCCGAAUGCCAUCAUCCUGCUUUGGAAAUGGAAAUCUUCGUGCGCCCCAAAGAAGAACUGAAUUAUGGUGGCUUUACUCCCAAUAUAAGAAAAUGUGACCUUAACUUCGUGUUUGAAUGGGUGCAACGCCUAAAUUACCCUCUACUUGAUGUUACAGACUCUGUUGACCAUAGGUUUUUUGAAUUUUGCUCAAAGUUAAGUUGCACUAUUAGAAAAGCAAGCCCACCCAAAUAUAUGGGAAUCAAGCGCUUCCCUGUUUGGUUUUCUCCCGAUCUCAAACAGAUGAUAAUCAAAAAGAAGACUUUACAUAGGCGCUUCAAACAGAGUCUUGAUGAUCGGACUUAUCUUCAGUUCUGUGGUGCUCGUGCUACUUGCAAAAGACUGGCGAGAGAAUGCUACUCGACAUACAUCCGCACUGUUGACUCGUCUAUUCAAGUAAACAUUCGUGCCUUCUGGAAUCAUAUAAAAUCUUCUAAGAAGGUACCGUCUCUUCCCUCAAAAAUGCAGCUUGAUGAUGAAUCUGCGGACAACCCGCAGGGUAUCUGUGAUUUGUUCGCCAAGUUCUUUUCCUCGGUCUACAGGCCCUCGUCACAAAAUCCACCAGUGUACAACCUUGAAGCAACAACUUCUAUAUUUUCAUGUCAAUUCACCUGUGAAGAAGUGGAGGCUGAGUUGAAGUCGCUCGACACAAACAAGGGUGCUGGCCCCGAUGAUAUCUCUCCUAUGAUCCUAAGGCAUUGCAGCGGUGUAAUAUCGCCUCAUAUCACAGUUUAUUUCAACGCUCUUAUGGCUGCUGUCAUCUUCCCUACUAAUUUAAAGAUUGGAUAUAUAACACCUAUUUUAAAGUCUGGAUCUCCUUCUGAUAUUAAGAACUAUCGCCCUAUAAUUAUCCAAGUCAACCUAGGCUAA